UUGGGUUGCAGAGAACACAGCCCAGCUGCCCCUGGGCUUGUUCACACAUGAAAACUUCCUGCGAUGAGAGCGGAAACAGGUGCCAUCCCCACCAUGACAGCCCCCAGAGCCUGGGCCAGAGGGGAGCCAUGGACAGGCCCCGGGCUCUGGUCCUGCUCUUGGCACUGCUGACACUCUGCAUCACUGCUGGAACACCUGAGGUAUGGGUGCAAGUUCAGAUGGCCACCAGGACCCCAUCCUUCACUGUUUUCACUAUUCGCUGUGGAUUCCUGGGAUCUAGCAUUAUCUCCCAGGUGACUGUGAGCUCCGGGGGGCCUGAUGGUGCUGGAGGAACCAAGCUGGCUGUAUUGAGCCCAGAAUUUGGCACCAAGAAGUGGCCCCCUGCCCACCAAGCCCACUGGGAAACUAAAACCAGCAUCUCCCUCACCCUGGAAGAGCCUGAUGGGAGAAGCCCCAGUCCUAACACCACCUUCUGCUGCAAGUUUACUUCCUUUCCUGAGGGCUCCCAGGAGGCCUGUGGGAACCUCCUCCUCGGCACUGACCAAGACCUUCCUGCCCUUACUCCAGCCCCUAUUCUGCGGGCUGACCUGGCUGGGAUCUUGGGGGUCUCAGGGAUCCUCCUCUUUGGCUGCAUCUACCUUCUCUACCUGCUGCAUCGGCAGAAGCACCGCUCUGUCAUGAAGCUUCAGCCACCCCUCAGCAGCCUCCCAACACAGACACGAGCAAGGGCUGCCAGCCAAGCCUCCGUGGCUUCUCUCCAGAUCCCCUACGCCACCAUCACUGCCAACUACUUCUGCCCAGCAGAUCUGGACACGGUCCUUCCACCCCAGCCAUUGUCCAGCUGGAAGAUGCAGUUACAGGAAGUGUAUGACAAGAAGUGCCUGAGAAAACUGAAACACUGGCUUUCUCUGUUUAAGAGGAGAAAGCUUGAGAAAGGGAUUCCAUAGCUGCAUACGAAGUCCCAGGCCCACCUCCGAGAUACCACGGAAGCGAUCAGUAAACCCGUACCAAAGACUUAGAGAAUGAAACUGUGGUGUAGAUUUCCCACCGUAGUCUCAGAAUGGCCUGGGGGCAGGGAGCGGGAAGAGAGGAGGAAAGGAAGGGGGUGGAAUAUAUACAGGACAAAUCCAAACAAAUAUUUGAAAAUGCAAAUGGCAUUGGAACCACAGCCCACAGAGGCCAUGCUGGGACUUGUGAUCUGAACUUAGUUAGCUCAAUUGUCUACCAAAACAGAAAUCAAUGUUCUUUAAAGGAUUUUAACAGGACCCAGCAUCUCAGAAAAAUACAUAAAAUAUCCUGGAUGUUACCAAAAUUACUUGACAUACAAGAAAUAGGAAAAUCUCAAUAACUCACAUGCAAAAGACACAAAUGUUGGAAUUAUUAGUCAAAAACUUUAACAUUCUGCUCCAUGAAAUUAAAAGUGAACAGUCUUUUUUAAAAAGACUGCAUUUAUUUAUUUUUAAAGAGAAGGAAAGGGAGGGAGACAGAGAGGGAGAGAAACAUCAAUGUGCAAGAGUUACAUCAAUCCAUUGCUUUUCACAUGCUCCCAGCUGGAGACCUGGCCCACAACCCAGGCAUGUGCCCUGACUGGGAAUCAAACCAGUGACCCUUUGGUUCACAGGCCAGCACUCAAUCCACUGAGCUACACCAGCCAGGCAUAAAAAUAAUGAACAGAGCUUUAAAGACCCAUGGGACAACAUGAAAAGGUUUAACAUAUGUAUCUUUGAAAUUCUGGAAGAAGAGAUAGAGAUCAACGCAAAAAGAAAUAUUUGAGCAAACAAUGGCUGAAAACUUCUCAGUGUGAGGGAAGAUAUAAGUUGAGAGAUUUAAGAAGCUCAUGCAACCCCAGACAGGAGAUAGUCAAAGAAAACCAUGUCCAGACACAUCAUAAACUAAAGAUAAAUAAAUGAAGCUCAAAAGCAGCCAAAAAAAUAACAAAGCGGGGGAACAAUAUAUAUACAUGACUGCAGGUUUUUCAUCAUAAAAUGUAGAGGCAGAAAGAUAGCAGAAAUACAUUUUUCCCCAUUUUCCUUUUCAAAAAAAAUUUUUAUUCAAUUUAUUGGGCUGACGCUGAUCAAUAAAAUUACAUAGGUUUCAAGAGUACAAUUCUAUAAUAAUACAUCAUCUCUACAUUGCAUUGUGUGUUUACCAAAAUCAAAUCCUCUUGUUAUCAUAUGUUUGAUCCCCUUUACCCCUCACUACCUUCCCCACCCCUUUCCCUCUGGUAACCCCCAUAUUGUUGUCUGUGUUUAUGAGUUUUUGUUUGUUCAGUUGCUUUUCAACUGAACAUUUUUGUUGCUUUCAGUUUUAUAUCCCACAUAUGAGUAAAAUCAUAUGGUUCUUGACUAACUUAUUUCACUUAUCAUAAUAUUCUCGAGAUCCAUCCAUAUUGUUGCGAAUAGUAGUAUUUCAUCUUUUCUUGUGGCCGAACAGUAUUCCACUGUGUAUAUGUACCACAUCUUCUUUAUCCAAUCAUCUAUCAAAGAACACUUUGGUUAUUUUCAUGUCUUGGCCACUGUGAAUUAUGCUGCAAUGAACACAGGUGUGUUUAUUUGUACAAAUAAAUGUUUUCAAAUUUUUCAAAUAGAUAACCAAAAGAGGGGCUGCUGGGUCAUAUGGUCAAAACUACAUGUUUAAAGUGCUGAAAGACAAGAACUGUCAACCCAGAAUUCUGUGUCCGGUGAAAAUAUCCUUCAGUAAUAAGGAUAUUUUCAAAUGUUUCCGUAGUGUCCUCACCUGACAUUGAUAUGCAGGCAAUUCUGGCCUCAUGAAAUGAGUUUGGAAGUGUUCCCUGUACAAUUUCUUGAUAGAGUUUGGGAAGGAUCGGCAUUAAUUCUUGAAAUGUUUGGUAGUUUCAAUGAAACCCUCUCAUCCUAGGAGCAUUUCUUCGUUGGUAGAUUUGUGGUUAUUCACCCAAUUUCCUUAUUUAUUAUGGGUCUGGUCAAUUUUUCUAUUUCUUUAUGACUUGCCAUUUGUAGAUUAAAUGUUUCUGGGAAUUUAUUUCUUCUUGGAUUAUACAAUUUGUUGGUGUAUGAUUUUUAAUAAUCUCAUUAUUUUGUAUUUCAGUGGUAUCAGUGUAAUUUGUCCUCUUUCAAUUAUAAUUCAAUUUUUAAAUAAUUUUUCAGUUUUAUAAUUGAUAUUCAGCACUGUAUGAGCUUUUUUCUUUUAAAUAUUUUAUUGUUUAUGCUAUUACAGUUGUCCCAAAUUCUCCCCUUUGCCCCCCUUCAGUCAGCCCCCUCCCCAUUCUCAGUCAGUUCUCUCAUGGUUGUCCAUGUCCAUGCAUAUACGUAUGUUCUUUGACUAUUCCCUUCAGCUUCUUUCAACCAGUCCCCACCUCCCCCAUCUCCUCUUACAAUUGUCAGUGUGUUUCAUGUUUCUGUGCCUUUAAUUCUAUUUUGGUUGUUAGUUUAUUUUGUUCAUUAGAUUCUGCUUAUAAGUUAGAUCAUAUGGUAUUUGUCUUUCAUUGACUGGAUUAUUUCACUUAGCCUAAUAGUCUCCAGUUCCAUCCAUGGUGUUGUAAAAGGUAUGAAUUCCUUCUUUUUCACUGCUGCAUUGUAUUGCAUUGUGUAAAUGUACAAUAGCUUUUUUAAUCCACUCAUCUACUGACGGGCACUUAGGCUGCUUCCAGAUUUUGGCUAUUGUAAAUAAUGCUGCUAUAAGGGUACAUAUAUUCUUUUGAAUUGAUGUUGUGAGAUUCUUAGAAUACAUUCACAAAAGUGGAAUUGCUGGGUUAAAAGGUAUUUUUAAUUUUUUGAGGAAACCCCAUACUGUUUUUUAGAGUGAUUGCACUAGUCCACAUUCCCACCAACUGUGCACUAGGGUUCCCUUUUCUCCACAUUCUUGCCAGCACUUCUUGUUUGUUAAUUUAUUAAUAAUAGCCAUUUUGGCUGGUGUGAGGUAAUAAUAUCAUUGUGAUUUUAAUUUACAUCUCUCUGACGGCUAGUGAUGUUGAGCAUUUUUUCAUAUGUCUGUGGGCCCUCUGUAUGUCCUCCUUGGAGAAGUGUCUGUUCUCCUUUGCCCAUUUUUUAAUUGUAUUGUGUGUCUCCCUGGUGUUGAGUUGUAUGAGUUCUUAAAUAUUUGGGGGAUUAAACCCUUUCUAAUGUAUCACUGGCAAAUGUGUUCUCCCAUACAGUGGGUUCCCUUUUCAUAUUUUUAGAGAGAGGGUCGUGGAGGGAGAAAGAGAAGGAGGAAAACAUCCACAUGCAAGAUAAACAUUGAUUGGUCCCUCUCUCACACCCCCAAGUGGGAACCUGACCAGCAAUCCAGGCAUGUGCCUUGACAGGGAACCUAACUGGUGACUUUUUGGUCUGCAGAGCAAUGCCCAACCUACUGAGCCACACCAGUCAGUGCUCCCUUUUCAUUUUGGUUUCCUUAGCUGUGCAGAAGCUUUUUAAUUUGAUUAGUCUCAUGUGUUUAUUUUUUCCUCUGUUUCCCUUGCCCUGGGAGCUAUAUCAGCAAAAAUAUUGCUAUGUGAGAUAUGUGAAAUUUUACUGCCUAUGUUUUCCUCUAGGAUGUUUAUGUUAUCACAACUUGUAUUUAAGUCUCGUAUCCAUUUUGAGUAUAAUCUGGUAUGUGGUAUAAGUUGGUGGUCUAGUUUCAUUUUCUUGCAAAUACUAGCCCAGUUCUCCUACCAGCAUUUAUUGAAGAGACUAUCUUCACUCCAUUGUAUACUCUUGCUUCCUUUGUCAAAUAUUAAUUGACCAUAAAGGUGUGGGUUUCUUUCUAGGCUCUCUAUUCUGUUUCAUUGAUCUAUAUGUCUGUUCUUAUGCCAGUUCCAAACUGUUUUGAUUACAGUGGCUUUGUAGUAUAGUUUGAUAUCAGGUAUUGUGAUCCCACCAACUUUGUUCUUCUUUCUCAAGAUUGCUGAGAGGUCUUUCUUGGUUCCAUAUAAAUUUUUGGAAUAUUUGUUCUAGAUCUGUGAAAUCUGCCAUUGGUAUUUUAGUAGGAAUUGUGUUGAAUCUAUAGAUUGCUUUGGGUGGUAUGGACAUUUUAAUGUAAUUCUUCCAAUCCAUGUACACUGUAUAUGCUUUCACUUAUUUCCACUUAUUUGUACCUUCCUCACUUUUUUUCUUCAGUGUCCUAUAGUUUUCCAAGUACAGGUCUUUCACCUCCUUGGUUAGAUUUAUUCCUAAGUAACUUAUUUUUUGUUGUUGCAAUAGUAAAUCAAAUUGUUUUCUUAGUUUCUCUUUUUAACAAUUUAUUAUUGGUGUAUAAAAAUGCCAUCGAUUUCUGAGUAUUGAUUUUGCAUCCUGCUACUUUGCCAAAGUCAUUAUUUUAGGUCUAGUAGUUUUUUUGGUGGAGCCUAUUGGGUUUUCUACAUCAUCUGUGAAUAAUGACAGUUUUACUUCCUCCUUUCUAAUGUGGUUGCCUUUUAUUUCUUCUUCUUGUCUGAUAGCUGUGACUAGAACUCCCAGUACUGUUGAAUAAGAGUGGUGAAAGUGGACAUUCCUGUCUUAUUCCUGGUUUUAAGGAAAUUGCUUUUGAAUUUUUCCCAUUGAGUAUGAUGUUGGCUGUGCGUUUUUCAUAUAUGGGCUUUGUUAUGUUAUGAUCCACCUAUUUCCACUUUGUUGAGAGUUUUUAUCAUAAAUGGGUAGUGGCUUUUAUCAAAUGUUUUUUCUGCAUCUAUUGAUAUGAUCACAUGGUUUUUAACUUUCAUUUUGUUUAUGUGAUGGAUCACAUUUAUUGAUUCAUAAGUAUUGUACCAAACUUGCAUCCCCAGGAAUAAAUCCUUCUUGAUCAUGGUAUAUGAUCUUUUUUAUGUAUUGCUGGAUCUGGUUUGCUAAUAUUUUGUUGAGAAUUUUAGCAUCUAUGGUCAUCAGGGACAUUGGCCUAUAGUUUUCUUUCUGUGUUGUGUCUUUAAGCACAAGUUUAAUGUGUACUGCAUAGUGAUUUGACUUACAUAUAUCAUGAAAUGAUUGCCAUGAUAACUUCAGUUAACAUCCAUUAUCUCAUAUUUUUUAAAAGAAUAUUCUCAAAUGCAGGAAAGCUAAAUGGAUUCACAGCUGGCACACCUAAUCCCCUGCCAAAAAAAAUGCUAAAAAAAAAGUUCCUCACUGGGAAGAGAAUGACACUGCAGGAAAACUUGGAAUUUCAGAAAUGCAGCAUGAGCCACAGAAAUAGUAAUAAUCCAGAUGAAUUUUAGAUAUUCUUUUUCUCUUAAAAUUAUUUAAAAUAUAUAUGACUGUUGAUAUAACAUUAUCUUGUGGGAUUUUCCGUGACUGUAGAUUUAACACAUAUAACAAUUACAACAUAAAAGGGAGAGGCUAGAGGGAUCUAUGUGGCUUUAAAUUUUCUUCAGUUCACUUGAAGUGCUAAAAUAGUCAUUCAAAUGAAACUGUUGAAAAGUAAACAUACAUACAAUAAUCCCUAUAACAACCACUAAAAAACUAUGCAAAUUUGCCUUAAUAAAGUGCUGUUGUGGCAACGGAAAAUCCACUGGCAAAAGAAAAACGUUUUUGUUUGGGGUGAUGAAAAGAUUUUGUAAAUAGAUUGUGGUGACGGUUGUGCAAUAUUGUGAAUGUAAAUAAUGACACUGAAUUGUAUACCCCCCAAAAGUUAAAAUAGGAACUUGUUAUGCAUAUUUUACCACGUUUUAAAAACUAGUAAUGUAAUAUACCAAAAAACAUUAAAUUGUAUACUUCAAAUGAGUGGAUUGUGUGGCAUGUGAAUUAUAUCUAAGGAAUAAUUUUUUUAAGUAGGACCAAAAAAUCUUAACUACAUAUACUUGAAAAUAAAGAGACACACAAAUAACUCUUGAAUCAAAAAGAAAUUAAAAGAGAAAUAAUAAACCACUUGACAAGAAGGAAAACACAUUAUACCAAAACCCUGGGAUGCAAUGAAAGCCGUAUGCAGAGAAAAAUGUCCUGCCUUAAAGGCAUUUGUUAUUAAAGAAGAAAGAUGAAAAAUGAAAUAAAUAAAGGAUGGACAAUAAAGUGGAAGAUUUGGCAGAGACUGUUAGGUGUUCCUCAAAACCUAGAUCUUUUUUUACCACAUACACAGAAGUGUGAAUGUUAUGGAAAUUAUUUCAUGUAUUUUUUAUCAUUUUUAACAGAACAUUAUAGAGCUAAAAAAUGUUGAAAAAUUGAAAAGGCAGUCUUAUUAAAAGUUGCAAUACUAAGCUUAAAUAUUUUAUUUGUACCAAAACCAGAAUUUAUUACCAUUUUAUCUUUCUGGCUUUAAAAAAGCAAACUCUCCAUGAC